CAAGCGAUUAGCUAAUUAUCUAACUCGCUCCCUAGUUCACGCGCUCUUCCCUUUCCUCUUCUUCGUUCACUGGGCUAGCGAACUGCGGGAACUGGAAAGAGAACACGAGAAGCGUCUCAUUCAAUCGCAGGGUUAGGGUUAUCCCUAAUCCGGUUACUGUUAAAUCCGUUUGCGGUCUUAAAGCCGGAGAGGACAACCAAGAUGGGUACGAAUUCGCUAUCUUCAGAUUCAGUUUCGGAUCUCGAUGAGCAGAUCUCGCAGCUCAUGCAGUGCAGGCCACUCUCCGAGCUCCAGGUCAGAGCAUUGUGUGACAAGGCUAAGGAGAUACUGAUGCAAGAAAGCAAUGUUCAGCCUGUGAAAAGCCCUGUGACAAUCUGUGGUGAUAUUCAUGGGCAGUUUCAUGAUCUUGCAGAACUUUUUCGAAUUGGAGGGAAGUGUCCAGAUACCAAUUAUUUAUUUAUGGGAGAUUAUGUGGAUCGUGGCUAUUACUCUGUUGAAACUGUCACACUCUUAGUGGCACUGAAAGUGCGUUAUCCACAGCGAAUAACCAUUCUUAGAGGAAACCAUGAAAGUCGCCAGAUUACUCAGGUUUACGGGUUUUAUGAUGAAUGUUUACGAAAGUAUGGCAAUGCUAAUGUUUGGAAGAUCUUCACAGACCUUUUUGACUAUUUUCCACUGACUGCCUUGGUCGAGUCAGAAAUAUUUUGCCUACAUGGUGGAUUGUCCCCAUCAAUAGAAACCCUUGACGGCGUGAGAAACUUUGAUCGUGUUCAGGAGGUUCCUCAUGAAGGAGCAAUGUGUGAUCUUUUAUGGUCUGAUCCAGAUGACCGGUGCGGCUGGGGUAUUUCACCUCGUGGUGCUGGAUAUACUUUUGGCCAGGAUAUAUCUGAGCAGUUCAAUCAUACUAACAACUUGAAGUUGAUUGCUAGAGCACAUCAGCUUGUUAUGGAUGGAUUUAAUUGGGCACAUGAACAAAAGGUGGUUACCAUUUUUAGUGCACCUAAUUAUUGCUAUCGCUGUGGAAAUAUGGCAUCAAUUUUGGAAGUGGAUGACUGCAAGGCUCACACUUUCAUCCAGUUUGAGCCAGCUCCUAGGCGAGGAGAGCCUGAUGUUACCCGUAGAACACCUGAUUACUUCCUGUGACACGGCUUUCUGUUGCCCCCACCAUGCCUCAACUGCCCCUCUUCCCUGCUUUACGCUCAGGUGGUUGAGGAUCCUAGUUGCAGUAGACGUUUAUAAAGUUUAAUAUCUAUAGAACUUUCUGGGCAUGCUUUUUCCUGGUGGUUAUGGACUAUGGGAGCAUAAAAGCAUGUAUAAUAGGGCAAGGUUUUGUGUGUUUUUUCUGUUCUGUCUUGUACUUGACACCAAGCUGGAUAGUCUCGGCAAUUUGCUAAAGCUCAUGGCUGACCAUCGGCAUAAAUUAUACCAUCUUUAGCAGAAUUGUGCAUAUUCUUGUCACGUUCACUUUUUCUUUGUCUCCUCCUUUUGGGGCCAUGUAGGGUCAUAAAAUGGAUUCGAUAUAUAGUGUAUGAUCUGUUUUUUCCA